AUGCUCAACAUGACCGAGGAGCACGACAAGGCGCUGGAGGCUCCGUGCAGCCCCGCGGGCACCACCAGCUCCAUGUCCCACGUGGACUCGGACUCCGACUCCCCGCUGUCCCCCGCCGGCUCCGAGGGCCUGGGCUGCGCGCCCGCGCCCGCCCCGCGCCCCCCCGGUGCCGCCCCGCUGGGCGCUAAGGUGGAUGCGGCCGAGGUGGACGAGCGCUUCCCCGCCUGCAUCCGCGACGCCGUCUCGCAGGUGCUGAAGGGCUACGAUUGGAGCUUGGUGCCUAUGCCCGUGCGCGGCAACGGGUCGCUCAAGGCGAAGCCGCACGUCAAGCGGCCCAUGAACGCCUUCAUGGUGUGGGCGCAGGCCGCCCGCAGGAAGCUGGCCGACCAAUACCCGCACCUGCACAACGCCGAGCUCAGCAAGACGCUGGGCAAGCUCUGGCGUUUGUUAAGUGAAAAUGAGAAACGUCCCUUUGUGGAAGAAGCUGAGCGGCUCAGGGUCCAGCACAAAAAGGAUCACCCGGAUUAUAAAUACCAGCCCCGGAGGAGGAAAAGUGUGAAAGCUGGGCAGAGCGACUCUGACUCCGGGGCUGAGCUCAGCCACCACGCCGGCACCCAGAUCUACAAGGCAGACAGCGGGCUGGGGGGCAUGGCUGAUGGCCACCACCAUGGCGAGCACACAGGCCAGCCCCAUGGGCCACCCACGCCACCCACAACCCCUAAAACCGACCUGCACCACGGCAGCAAGCAAGAGCUGAAGCACGAGGGCCGCCGCCUCGUGGAAAGCGGCCGCCAGAACAUUGACUUCAGCAACGUGGACAUCUCAGAGCUGAGCAGCGAGGUCAUCAACAACAUGGAGACCUUCGAUGUGCACGAGUUUGACCAGUACCUGCCGCUCAAUGGCCAUACCGCCAUGCCGGCUGACCACGGCCCCAGUGCUGGCUCCUACAGCACGUCCUACUCCCACUCGGCAGCAGGCGCCGGCGGGGCUGGCCAGGUGUGGACUCACAAGAGCCCGGCCUCGGCAUCGCCAUCGUCGGCUGAUUCGGGCCAGCAAAGGCCGCACAUCAAAACGGAGCAGCUGAGCCCCAGUCACUACAGCGACCAGUCCCACGGCUCCCCUGCACAUUCCGACUACGGUUCCUACAGCACCCAGGCCUGUGCCACCACUGCCUCCACCGCCACAGCUGCCGCCUCCUUCUCCAGCUCCCAGUGCGACUACACGGACCUGCAGAGCUCCAACUACUACAACCCCUAUCCCGGUUACCCCUCCAGCAUCUAUCAGUACCCCUACUUCCACUCCUCACGGCGUCCCUACGCGACACCCAUCCUCAACGGCUUGUCCAUCCCGCCGGCCCACAGCCCCACCGCUAACUGGGACCAGCCGGUCUACACAACCCUGACAAGGCCUUAAAAAGGAUGCGUGGAGCCCCCCCAGGGCUUCCCCGACGUAUGCACUAAUGAAGGAACGAAGAGGAAGAACGUGGAGUGCCGCGAUUGUUUCCCAAGUGCCUCCUGAGCCGCUGGGAACUCUGCUCGUUGCGACUGGGUGUCCCCUUGCUUUGAAACUCUCCAAAAGGACAGAGCUCUAUUUUUCUUUAAUUAAUAAAAUUAAAAAUAAAAAAAAAAAAAAGAAGAGUUAAAAAAGAAAUACUGAAAAGGACUGGUGAUUCCUUUUGAAUAAAUGAAGGACAAAACCAUUCGACUCCUCUGUGAGGACUGAACUUGCUCAUUGUGGAAGCU